GCGGGCGGACAGGAGAUGCCGCUGCUACACCGAAAGCCGUUUGUGAGACAGAAGCCGCCUGCGGACCUGCGGCCCGACGAGGAAGUUUUCUACUGUAAAGUCACCAACGAGAUCUUCCGCCACUACGAUGACUUUUUUGAACGAACCAUUCUAUGCAACAGUCUUGUGUGGAGUUGUGCUGUGACGGGCAGACCUGGACUGACGUAUCAGGAAGCACUUGAGUCAGAAAAAAGGGCAAGACAGAAUCUUCAGAGUUUUCCUGAACCACUAAUUAUUCCAGUUUUAUACUUGACCAACCUUACCCAUCGUUCACGCUUACAUGAAAUUUGUGAUGAUAUCUUUGCAUAUGUCAAGGAUCGAUAUUUUGUUGAAGAAACUGUGGAAGUCAUUAGGAACAAUGGUGCAAGGUUGCAAUGUAGGAUUUUGGAAGUCCUCCCUCCAUCCCAUCAAAAUGGUUUUGCUAAUGGACAUGUCAGCAAUGUAGAUGGAGAAACUAUUAUCAUCAGUGAUAGUGAUGAUUCAGAAACACAAAACAUUUCUUUUCAAAAUGGGGAGAAAAAAGAUGCAAUUGAUCCCUUGUUAUUCAAGUAUAAGGUGCAACCCACUAAAAAAGAAUUGUAUGAGUCUGCUAUUGUUAAAGCAACACAAAUCAGUCGGAGAAAACACCUAUUUUCUCGUGAUAAACUAAAGCUUUUUCUGAAGCAACACUGUGAACCACAAGAUGGAGUCAUUAAAAUUAAGGCAUCAUCUCUUUCAACAUAUAAAAUAGCAGAACAAGAUUUUUCUUAUUUCUUCCCUGAUGAUCCACCCACAUUUUUCUUCAGUCCUGCCAGCAGACGAAGAGGGAGACCUCCCAAACGAGUAUCUGUUGGUCAAGAGGACAGAGUUGCUAAUAAACAGACUAUUAUAGGAUGUAAGAACAAAGCUACCAAAGAAAAAGACAAACUUUUAAAACAAGAAGAAAUAAAGUCACUGGCUUUUGAAAAGGCUAAAUUAAAAAGAGAAAAAGCAGAUGCUCUAGAAGCAAAGAAAAAAGAAAAGGAAGAUAAAGAGAAAAAGAGGGAAGAAUUGAAGAAAAUUGUUGAAGAAGAGAGACUAAAGAAGAAAGAAGAAAAAGAGAGACUUAAAAUAGAAAGAGAAAAGGAAAGAGAGAAAUUACGUGAAGAAAAACGAAAAUAUGUGGAAUACUUAAAGCAAUGGAGUAAACCAAGAGAAGAUAUGGAAUGUGAUGAUCUUAAGGAACUUCCAGAACCAACUCCAGUGAAAACUAGACUACCUCCUGAAAUCUUUGGUGAUGCUCUGAUGGUUUUGGAGUUCCUUCAUGCAUUUGGUGAACUUUUUGAUCUUCAAGAUGAGUUUCCUGAGGGAGUAACCCUAGAAGUGUUAGAGGAAGCUCUUGUAGGAAAUGACAGUGAAGGCCCACUAUGUGAAUUGCUUUUUUUCUUCCUGACUGCCAUCUUCCAGGCGAUAGCUGAAGAAGAAGAGGAAGUAGCCAAAGAGCAAAUAACUGAUGCUGACACCAAAGAUUUAACAGAGGCUUUGGAUGAAGAUGCAGACCCCACAAAAUCUGCACUGUCUGCAGUUGCAUCUUUGGCAGCUGCAUGGCCACAGUUACACCAGGGCUGCAGUUUGAAAAGCUUGGAUCUAGAUAGCUGCACUCUUUCUGAAAUCCUCAGACUACACAUCUUAGCUUCAGGUGCUGAUGUAACAUCAGCAAAUGCAAAGUACAGAUAUCAGAAACGAGGAGGAUUUGAUGCUACAGAUGAUGCCUGUAUGGAACUUCGUUUGAGUAAUCCCAGUCUAGUGAAGAAGCUGUCCAGCACUUCAGUAUAUGAUUUAACACCAGGGGAGAAAAUGAAGAUCCUUCAUGCUCUCUGUGGGAAGCUUCUGACCCUAGUUUCUACUAGGGAUUUCAUUGAAGAUUAUGUUGAUAUAUUACGACAGGCAAAGCAGGAAUUCCGGGAGUUAAAAGCAGAACAACACCGAAAAGAGAGGGAAGAAGCAGCUGCCAGAAUUCGUAAAAGGAAGGAAGAAAAACUUAAGGAGCAAGAGCAAAAAAUGAAAGAAAAACAGGAGAAACUGAAGGAAGAUGAGCAAAGGAAUGCAACUACGGAUGUAUCUAUCGGGGAAGAUUUUGAUACUAGCACUGAAAGCAAAGAAGUAGAGCAGAAGGAACUAGAUCAAGAUACAGUUACUGAUGAUGAAGAUGACCCAGGAUCACAUAAAAGAGGCAGAAAGGGGAAAAGGGGACGGAAUGGAUUUAAAGAAUUUACAAGGCAAGAAGAAAUUAACUGUGUGAUGAGAGAGCCUCUUACUGCUGAUGAGGAAGAAGUUUUAAAACAGGAACACCAACGAAAAGAGAAAGAGCUCUUAGAAAAAAUUCAAAGUGCCAUAGCAUGUACCAAUAUCUUUCCCUUGGGCCGUGACCGCAUGUAUAGGCGAUAUUGGAUUUUCCCUUCUAUUCCUGGAUUGUUUAUUGAAGAGGAUUUUUCUGGUCUCACUGAAGACAUGCUAUUGCCUAGACCUUCUACAUUUCAGAAUAAUGUACAGUCUCAAGAUCCUCAGGUAUCCACUAAAACUGGAGAGUCUUUGAUGUCUGAAUCUACCUCCAACACUGAGCAAGGUCCAUGUGAUCAUUCUCUGCAGCUGCCAAAACCAGUGCAUAAGCCAAAUCGGUGGUGUUUUUACAGUUCUUGUGAACAGCUAGAGCAGCUUAUUGAAGCUCUUAAUUCUAGAGGACAUAGAGAAAGUGCCUUAAAAGAAACAUUGUUGCAAGAGAAAAGCAGAAUAUGUGCACAGUUAGCCUGUUUUUCUGAAGAGAAAUUUCAUUUUUCAGACAAACCUCAAACUGAUAGCAAACCUUUAUAUUGUCGGGGAAGAUCUUCCAAUGGAUAUGAUCCAUCUCAGAUGUCUGCAGAAAAGCAGCUUGAAUUGAGGCUUAGAGAUUUUCUUUUGGACAUUGAAGACAGAAUCUACCAAGGAACAUUAGGGGCAGUCAAGGUAACAGAUCGACACAUGUGGAGAUCAGCUUUAGAAAGUGGACGAUAUGAGCUGUUGAGUGAGGAAAACAAGGAAAACGGGAUAAUUAAAAAUGUGAAUGAAGAUAUAGAAGAGAUGGAAAUUGAUGAGCAACCAAAGGUCAUAGUAAAAGACAGACUUGGUGGGAUAAAAACAGAAACUCCAAGUACUGUCUCAACUAAUGCAAGUACACCACAAUCGGUGAGCAAUGUGGUUCAUUAUCUGGCAAUGGCACUAUUUCAAAUAGAGCAGGGCAUUGAGAGGCGUUUUCUCAAAGCUCCACUUGAUGCCAGUGACAGUGGACGUUCUUAUAAAACAGUCCUGGACCGUUGGAGAGAGUCUCUCCUUUCUUCUGCUAGUCUAUCCCAAGUCUUUCUUCACCUCUCCACCUUGGAUCGUAGUGUAAUAUGGUCUAAGUCUAUACUGAAUGCUCGUUGCAAGAUAUGCCGAAAGAAGGGUGAUGCUGAAAGCAUGGUACUUUGUGAUGGCUGUGAUCGGGGUCAUCAUACCUAUUGUGUUCGACCAAAGCUCAAGACUGUUCCUGAAGGAGAUUGGUUUUGUCCAGAAUGUCGGCCAAAGCAACGUUCUAGACGACUUUCCUCUAGACAGAGACCAUCCUUGGAAAGUGAUGAAGAAAUAGAAGACCAUAUGGAAGGUGAGGAUGAUGAAGUUGAUGAUGAUGAUGAAGAGGGUCAAAGUGAGGAGGAAGAGUAUGAGUUAGAACAAGAUGAAGAUGACUCUCAAGAAGAAGAUGAAGUCAGCCCACCAAAACGAGGAAGACCACAAGUUAGAUUACCAAUUAAAACAAGAGGAGGAAGACUUAGUUCUUUCUCAAGUCGUGGCCAACGACAAGAUCCUGGAAGAUAUACUUCAAGGAGUCAACAGAGUACACCCAAAACAACUGUUUCUUCUAGAACUACUGGUAGAAGCCUAAGAAAGAUAAAAUCUGCUCCUUCUACAGAAACUAAAUCUUUAAGAAUUGCCAGUCGUUCUACUCGCCAGAGUCAUGGCCCACUGCAAGCAGAUGUAUUUGUGGAACUACUUAGUCCUCGUAGAAAACGCAGAGGCAGGAGAAGUGCUAACAAUACACCAGAAAAUAGUCCCAUGUUCCCUAACUUCAGAGUCAUUGCCACAAAAUCAAGUGAGCAGUCAAGAUCUUUGAAUGUUGCUCCAAAACUUUCUCUCCAAGACAGUGAAUCUAAGAGAAGAGGCAGGAAAAGACAAUGUACAGAGUCAUCUCCUAUGACAUUGAAUCGAAGGAGUUCAGGCCGACAGGGAGGAGUUCAUGAAUUGUCUGCUUUUGAACAACUUGUUAUAGAAUUGGUACGGCAUGAUGACAGCUGGCCCUUUUUGAAACUGGUUUCUAAAAUUCAGGUCCCAGACUAUUAUGACAUCAUCAAAAAGCCCAUUGCCUUAAAUAUAAUUCGUGAAAAAGUGAACAAAUGUGAAUAUAAAUUAGCAUCUGAGUUUAUUGAUGAUAUUGAGUUGAUGUUUUCAAACUGCUUUGAGUACAACCCCCGUAACACAAGUGAAGCUAAAGCUGGAACUAGGCUUCAAGCGUUUUUUCACAUUCAGGCUCAAAAGCUUGGACUCCAUGUCACGCCCAUUAAUAUGGACCCAGUUAGCACACCACCGGCUGCAAAAAAGUCACGAAUCUAAUUUUGUCCUUCUAAAGGAUAUAUUUGAGGAAAA